AUGACUCUAGAUCGUUAUUCCUACAAUGGCCCUAUAGACCACACCAUCACCCCAAAACUGGAAAAUGUAAAGGGAAAGUCAGUCAUCGUUACUGGAGGCGCUAAUGGUAUGGGCGAAGCUUUUGUGCGAGACUUCGUCGCUGCUGGCGCCUACGUGACCUUUGCCGACGUUAACGAGAAGCGUGGCCAAGCAAUUGAGUCUGAACUCAAUGUCAAUGCGACGGCGUGCACUUUCGUGAAAUGCGAUAUCACAGAUUGGGAUCAGCAAAAGGCGGUCUUUGACAAAGCCAAGAGCCAGAGCCCAAGCAACAGUGUCGAUAUUGUUAUUGCAAAUGCUGGUAUCAGCCGUAGCUCUGGCGACAGUCUGUGGAACUUGGAUGAUCCUAAUGGUGAGCCAACAAAACCGGAUUUGAACAUUGUCCGCGUCAAUAUAGAUGGGACAUUCUAUACGUGGAAACUAGCAGUUCACUAUUUUCGCAAGCAGCCAGUGGAUGAAGAACGAGAUCGCUGUUUCAUCAUUACAGGCAGUAUGGUUGCAUGGAUAGAUUCUCCAGGAAAUUGGGAGUAUACAGCUACGAAAUAUGGUUUGCGAGGAUUCAUGAGAACGGCUCGACGAUCAAGCCACGAGCAAAACAUACGUAUUAACUACGUUGCUCCAUGCUGGAUAAAGAGUGCUAUCCGGACGGCAGAGUACGAGAAAUGGCUCAUUGACAAUGGAGUCGAGUUUGGCGAGCAGAAAGAUGUCUCGACCUGCAUGUUACGAAUUGCUACUGAUAAGUCUAUCAAUGGUCGAUCCUUAAUGAUAACACCUCGAACUGUUGCGAAAGAGGGAUUUGUAGAUAUCGACAGGGAAGAUUACAAAGACACUCCGGAGGACGAGUACCUAAAGAAAGUACAAGCCUCUCAACUAGUCAUCAUUCAAGACAAGUGGUUGGACGACUACAAGGUCAGGAUAUAUAAAGAUUAG